CUUGUUUUGUUUCCCUUCCCCAGUGUCAAGUUCAAAGACUCGAUUUUUCUCCGUACAAAUCCUUCAAUCGAAGCUCGUCGAAAAUGGCCGGAACACUGUCUUUCAAUCAAUUCUCUUUCAAGACCGUCUCGCUCUACCGGCCGCAGUCCCAAUUCGGCUCAAAGCCCGCUUUUUUUCCGGCGAAUUCGAUCGGUACGGCCGCCGGAACGAAGGGGCUGAAGCUUUCGGUCGGCGUGAGGCCGGCGUACAGGGUGCGGGCCGCGACGGAGGACGAGUGGAAGGAGGGAACAGAUGCCGCCGGCGUGGCGCUGGCGGAGGAGCAGCCGAAGCAGCCGACGGAGAUCGAUUUGUUAAAGAGACAGUUGGUGGAUUCGUUCUACGGCACCGACCGCGGGCUGAAAGCGACGAGCGAAACUAGGGCUGAAAUUGUCGAGCUCAUAACGCAACUUGAAGCGAAGAAUCCGACUCCGGCGCCUACAGAGGCCCUGACCCUGCUCAAUGGCAAAUGGAUUCUUGCUUAUACAUCUUUUGUAGGUCUGUUCCCUCUGUUGUCAAGAGCACCACCACUGGUGAAGGUGGAGGAGAUUUCACAGACCAUCGACUCUGCAAACUUUACAGUCCAGAACUCAGUGGUGUUUGCUGGCCCACUGGCUACGACUGCUAUUAGCACGAAUGCCAAAUUUGAAGUCCGAAGUCCUAAGCGUGUUCAGAUCAAGUUUGAUGAAGGCAUUAUUGGCACUCCCCAGUUGACAGACUCCAUUGUGUUGCCGGAAAACGUUGAAUUCUUGGGACAAAAGAUCGACCUCACACCUUUCAAAGGCUUAAUCACCUCUGUCCAAGACACAGCUUCUUCUGUGGUGAAGACCAUCUCCAGCCAGCCACCGCUGAAGUUCUCCAUCUCCAACAGCAAUGCAGAAUCCUGGUUACUCACCACAUACCUCGAUGAAGAACUUCGGAUCUCAAGGGGAGAUGCAGGCAGUAUAUUUGUGCUCAUCAAGGAAGGAAGCUCCCUCUUGAACUCUUAAUGGCUUCUAUCUCUCUAUCGGGCGUGUGAUGGUCUUUUGUCCCCCCCUCCCCCCCAAAUCAAGAAUCUUGUUUGUGAUUUCAUAUAUAUGUAUUUAGUUGUGUCAGAUGCUGGAUGGUUGUAGAUAUUCAUAUAAUGCGGAUUAUUGGUUCUUAUACCUCAAUGAUAUUGGUUUUAUCCACAUCCUAA